AAAAUGGCUGCGCGCUACAGCCACGGGGUCUGGGAGCGCGCGACGAUUUGCAGGGUGAACAUUAGUGCAGCGUGGCCUGCCACAGACGACAGGCAGUACCCCGUGGACUUCACAGGUUUUUAGAUCCCUGUAAGUUAUUUGGCAGCUGAUGGAGUUCUCAAGUUAAAGAUGUUGGUGAUGAAUGAAGUGAGAGGGAUUCUUCAAACAUCUCCAUGAAAAUUGCUUUGGAGAAGAUUCCAGGUACUGAGAUUCAUGCCAGUGAGGCCCUGAAGUCUCUACCUGUACUUACAGAACCCAGAACUGAGCCUUGCCUCUUCUCUGGGAGAAUUUGGACCUUCUUGCAGUGGACAAUCAACAGUGUUUAAGACCCUGGCUUAAAACCAUUCACCAUCCUUUAUGACUCAGCCACCUGCCUUCAUUUCUGGAGUAACAGAUACUCUUUCCUUGGGGAAUUGGCAGAUUCUACAAAUAAAUAAGUGUCUGAUACAAAAGUAGAGGCAAGUGCCAGGCCCCUCGGCCAGGAGCUAAGUGUGUGAGACCAGCAAUGGGAAAGGAAGAAGCUGGAGCUGUCCUUGUCGUCCAGGUAGCUUGAGGCCUCCCCCCCCUCCCGGCUGCCACUGUGCCUCGUGCUGUGUCUUCCUGACCCUGUACAGGUCCCUGGCCCAUACAGUACCCUGAGAACAAUGGGUCACCUGUGCCACCUGCUUUUUGUACUCCCCUGAGGCCAACUAUCCUAGAAUCCUGGGCGAUCCUCUUCUAGCAGUCCACUGAAAUCGAGAACAAGAUCCCCCACUUGAGGUCUCCGGACCCCCUAGCUCAGUGCUCUCAUGGGUAGCUACCUGAGCAGUUAUCUGAGCCCAAGUAAGGACGCCGUGCAGCCCCGGGCCUCUAAAACCCGCUCUCGGAGGCCUAAGCGCGCCCCUCGCAGCACUUUCCUGGCCACCUUCCAGGGUACCUACCUAGGCAAGUACCUAAGCAGCUACCUGCGCACACGCAAGGCCAUGCUGCAGCCCUCAGCCCAGAAGCACAACUCUGUGAAGCUCAGCCCCGCCCGCCGUGGGGAGCUCAUCAGCAACUACCUGGACAGGUGCCUGAGCACCUACCUGGCUACACGCAAGACCACCAUGCGGCCCUUCAUCCAGAAGUAUCACUCUCUGAGGCCUAAGCGCCUAUGUCGCAAUGCAAUCAUGAAUAGCUCCGUAGGCAUUUACCUGGACAGGUGCCUGAGUACCUACCUGGCUACACGCAAAGCCACCGUUCAACGCUUUGUCCAGAAGCACCAUUCUGUGAGGCCCGUGAAUGCCCACAGGUACACAGGUCUCAGGGUGCGCACCCCAAGUGUGCUGCCUGACCCUGACCGCAACAGAGGCCCAAGGGCGCUCGCCACACCUGCUCCAAGCCGCUUUCCUCGCAAGCUGUCUCUGUGGCUCCCAGUGAGGCCCGACUAUCCUGGUGGCGAAUACAACCAUUACCUGAAGCACAGGAUUUGGUCUCCUCAAGUUUCUUCACCGGGCACAGAGCCCGAUGAGAGGCCAGAUCCAUCUCCGAGUGUGUCACAUCAGCCACCCUCCCCACAAGGAGAGGCUGGAUGCCAGUUCCAAGGAGAGCCAAUGCAACAGGGCACAAGGAAGUUGAACAACCCUCCUUGGUUUGAGGUUCUACACCCCAAGAGAAGUGGGCAGAGUCCUGCACCUCGACCAUCUGCCUUCACACCUGUCAUCAGACAAGGAGUGGCCCAACCCUUUAGGCCCAGGCCAGGGCCACUGAAUAGAAAUAUCGAUGCCACCAGGAUGACGGAGAGGGAGAGCUGUAGCUUUCCAUCAGCCUGCCCGGCCUGCUGCCCAACCUGCUCAGGACUGGGUUUCAUAGCCUCAGCUGGAGAAUUGCAAGCGAAUACUGAGCCUUCCACCAGCCACCAAGACUCCUGACCGUCCCAGCAGCCCAUUGGGACCAUUUGCCCCAGAGCAUAUCCACCCUGCUGGUCCCUUGGCUCCUCAGAGGCAGGGCCCUGCCUCCUGAAGCCACAGCCUUUGCACCCCACUUACCCCUGCUCUACCCCCACAGAAGUCAGAGACUUCCCAUCCCUUCAGUUGAUAAGUCUGCCACUCCCAGAUCACCCCUCCUUACUCUGCAGAGCCCACAGUUAAGAGACUUGCCAGGCCUCUCCCCUGCCAACCCAGACUUAGAUAGGUGGGCUCCCCGCAAAGGGCCCAGUUUGUGUAGCUAAAUAUUUGAUCAUAUUUUAUAUAAUAAUAGUAAUAAUAAUAAAGACAGGAAGUUUCAUUACCCUAGACAACGCCUUAUUUUUUCUUGCAAACACUAGUCUACAUCAUGAUUUCGCCAGUUGGCGCUGUUGACAUUUGGGACCAGAACAUUUUUCGUGGUUGGAGCCUUUUCUGAGCAGUAGAAGGCAUAAGCAGCAUUCUUGGCCUCUGACCAGUGGAUGCUAAUAGCACAACCCCAGUUGUAACUAUUAAUAGUGUCUCCAGACAUUGCAGAUAUAUCCCCAUAGUACAACAUCACCCUUUGAUGAUUACCACUGAACUAGAGCUACAUCCACUUACAAAAGAAACAGAAGCGAAAUCUUAAAAAUACACUUUUGAAGGAAAAGAUUACAAACGUGUAGCGCAAUGCCCUUUCUACAAAAUAUUAUUUAAUAAAAUUAUUUAAUUCAUAUCUAUAUUUUAUACCUACAUUUAUAUACUACUAGAAUUGUUCUGACAUGUAUUUUCAAUUAAAUAUAAAUUAAUAAAGUUAACUGAAAUUAUUUUGAAAUAACUGAUGUCCGUACUGGCAAUAUUUUACUAAGUUCAAUACAAUUAAUAUUAUUUCUUUAUAUAAACUAUAUGAAAACAAAUAUAAAAGUGUUUCUGGCGUAACAGAAAGCCAACAGCCAGGUAUAGGGUCGUUUCAUACUUUGUUACAUCUACAAUCUCUGUGUAUAUUGUUCAAACAUAAUUUUCAUGGUUUUUUUUUGUCCAUUAGGGAGUGAGGAUAUAGCUGUUCAACAAAGUAAAGUCCCUUUUCUCAUGGUACUUGCUUUCAAACAGGGUGGAGACUGACGAUAAGUAAUUAAAUAAAUACGCUGGGGAGACGGGAAUGCCAAGUGCUGUAAAAGAAAAAGUAGGCCUGGGAGUGUAGCUCAGUAGUAGAAUGCUUGCCUAGCAUAUCUGAAGCUGGAGGUUCCAUCCCUGAACUAGGAAAACAAACACCUAUCUUCAAGAUACAGCAUUGCAGUGUAAAUGAAGCGUAAGAAGCCGCUUGGACUGGACUGCAUUGGUGGAAGUACUUUGGGCAUUAUAAAUGGGACUCUCCUGAGCCUUGGACCACAUUGUUUGUCUCUUUGGUCUGCCCUCUAAAUGCUAUACCUCAUUCCAGUCGUGGAUAAAGCUCUCUCCGUUGUUACAUGUUCCCUGGGCAUAGUCAGGCCCGUGUAAGAAAACCUUGUACCUCUUUUGUUUGUUUUCAAACUUCUUACCAAAAAAUGUGUGUUUUACAAUCACAUAUUUUGUGACUCUAAAUAAGAGCUGAUGAUCAUACGUUUAUUUUGGCUUUGUAUUUCUUUUUUUAAUUAGUUUAACUGUAUAGCUUUAUAGACUUUUCAAAACAAUUCAUUCUUGGAAAUAUUGUCUUGUUUAUUCAAUGUAUGUUUUUGUGAACAUUCAUCCCAAAGUUCCUUUCCACAAGACUUAUAUUUCACUUGUCAAUUAAUUAAAAUAAAAAUGAUACAAUAAUGUUA